AUGGGUUUGGGGACUAUUUGGUUAAGAUGGAUGGAAGGUUGUGUCUUUACAAGUUCUAUGUCGAUCAUGGUUAACGGAAGUACUACUAAGGACUUUACGGUUGAGAAAGGAUUACGUCAAGGUGAUCCUUUGUCACCUUUCUUAUUCGUCUUGGUGAUGGAAGUUCUUACGGCAUUAAUGAACAAGGCAAUAGAUAUUGGAGAGUUUAAGAGAUUUAAGAUAAAAGAUGGAAUAGAGGUAAACAUGCUUCAGUUUGCAGAUGAUACCGUCAUUGUGGCGGAGGGAGAUUCGGAAAAUUUAUGGGCAUUGAAGAUAAUUUUCAGGGGUUUUGAGAUGAUGUCCAGUUUGAGGGUUAAUUUCCAUAAAAGUAAUAUUUACGGGAUUAACGUUGGUGAUUGUUACCUCGAAGCGACAUCUCUUUUUCUUUCUUGCAAGGUCGAUGUUCUUCCGUUCAAAUUUCUUGGAGUUUGGGUGGGAGAUAGUCCGAGGAAGUUGUCUAUGUGGCAGGAGUUAAUCUCUAAUUUUAAUAGAAGGUUGGCAGUGUGGAAAGGGCUGCACCUCAAUAUUGCGGGUCAGAGUAAGUUUUUAUGGAAUGGGGGUGAUGCGAGGAGAUUGAUACAUUGGGUUUCUUGGGAUAUCGUUUCCAAGCCUAAGGAAGAAGGUGGGCUUGGAGUUAAGAAUGUGGAGGUGAUGAAUAUUGCUUUAUUAAGUAAAUGGAAAUGGAGAAUCUUAAUGGAGGAUGAACCGGUAUGGCGCGCUAUUCUUGAUGCUAGAUACGAAAAUGUCAAAUGGAAGGUCCUCAUUGGCGACAUUUCCGUCGUGGAGAAGAAUGACUCAAUAUGGAGGAGAGACAUCCUUAUUUCUAACAAUUAUUUGUUGUUGCAGGAACCCUCUUUCGUGGCUGUUGUGCACUGUUUGGUUGGGGAUCGUUACAAUGUCCCAUUUUGGUACAGUUGCUGGGAAAAAGGGCAAGUUUUAAUCCAGGCCUAUCCGAAGUUGUUUGCUCUAGCACGAAAAGAUAAUAUGAUAGUGGCUGAAGCGGGCUCGUUUACGGAUGGGGGCUGGGAAUGGAGUACCGAUUCUGUUUUUACGGACAGCAGCAGCAUUCCCAACAGACUGUUGGAGGAUCUUUUUGACUACAUCACGCCGGUUACGCAGCGGCUGGAUGUUGAGGACAAGUUCGUGUGGAGCAGUAGUGGGCAGCAGGUUUUCACAGUAAAAUCUUGUUAUGACACUUUCAAAUCGAAGCUCUCCGGACCCCCUCUCAAUACUCGCAUGGUCAAAGCUUUCAAGCACUUAUGGAAGGUAAAAGCACCGCCCAAAAUUCUCUUUUUCGGUUGGAGGAUUAUUCAUAAUAAUAGACUUUCAACCAAAGAUCAAUUACACAAGCGCGGUAUGUCGGAUGUUAGUAGAGAUCUCAACUGUGUUUUUUGUCUUUCAGAAGAAGAAUGUCCUUCGCAUCUUUUAGGAGGGUGUGAGGUUGUAUCAAAGGUUUGGAAGAAGGUGUACGAGUGGAUGGAUUACGGCGAGGCUUUAACCUUGGAAGAGUUCAACGAGUUUUUCUUUGUCAUGGAGAAGGUUGAUGUUGAAAUGUCGCAUAUCUGGGGAAACUUGUCGUAUUUCCUACGGAUGGAAUUUAAAAUUACUAAGAAAGGUAUGUUGUUACAUCCAAGAAAAUAUGUCAAAGAAAUGCUCAAGAGAAUCUGGAUGGAUGAUUCAAAUCCUGCGUCCUCUUAUGUCGAAUCAAAUAUGAAACUGGAGAAGCAUGAAGAGGAAGACAAUGUCGAUGUUACUUUGUUGAAACAAAUUAUAAGGUAUUUAAGGUAUGUGUGCAACAGUAUACCUGAUAUAGGCUUCUCAGCUGGAUUGGUGAGUAGAUACAUGGAUGAACCAAAUGUGUCACAUAUGAAGGUUGGAAGAAGAAUCCAAGGAUACCUAACAGGGUCGACAAUCCCACGGUACUCGAGAAAGCAAUUGUAG